AUGACAGAUUAUACAGCCGAGACACUAGAGUCAUUACUUUCAAACCCAAGUAUUGUCGAGAUAAAUAGACUUGAUUCAAGAGCUUAUUAUUUACCGAGUGACUCAACAUUGCGUCUUAAUGGAAAUUGGGAUUUCAAUUAUUCGCAGUCCCCAUUGGAGGCACCUUUGCCUAAUGACGAAAUUACAGAGUUUCCUAGUAAAUUGACUGUUCCGGGUCAUUGGCAACUUCAGGGGUAUGGAAAACCACACUAUACCAAUAUUGUUUUCCCAUUUGCGGUAGAUCCACCAAAUCCUCCUUCACAAAACCCUACUGGUACUUACCGCCGUAGCUUUGUUGUUCCAGAAGAUUGGAAAUCGAAACCUUUUUUAUUUAGGCUUCGCUUCGAAGGUGUUGAUAAUUCAUUUCAUAUAUUUCUUAACGGUAAAUUGGUUGGCUAUAAUGAAGGUAGCAGAAAUGCAUCCGAAUUUGAUGUCACUAGUGAUAUCCUAUUGGAUGAUGUGAAUGUUUUAUGGGUCAGGGUUUACCAGUGGUCUUCUUCCUCAUAUAUUGAAGACCAAGAUCAAUGGUGGUUGAGUGGUAUUUUCAGAGAUGUCUACUUAUUAGGGUUCGAUAAAACCGGAUUCAUUGAGGACUUCAAUAUUGUUACCGAUUUAGACGAGACGUAUCUGAAUUCAACAUUGAAAAUUAUCCUGAGAAUAAACUUCAAUAACUUUAAUUCUAGAUUGCGUGUUUUACUAAAGCAUGAUGAAAAGAAAAUAAUAAAUCAGUGCUUUGAUUUAAAAGGCUCGAAUUUUAAUAUGUCCUUCAAAGUACAAAAUCCACUCAAAUGGACUGCGGAAUCUCCAAACCUUUAUAAGCUUGAAUUAUCUGUUUUGGUUGAUAAUGAAGUUACUAAUAAAUUAGAGCAAGACGUGGGGUUUCGUAAAGUAGAAAUAAAAAAUGGAACAUUAAGGGUAAAUGGUAAAUCUAUAUUAAUAAGGGGAGUCAAUAGACAUGAUCAUCAUCCUCAGCUCGGCAGAGCCGUACCGUUAGAAUAUAUCAAGCGUGAUUUAUAUAUAAUGAAAAAACAUAACAUCAAUGCAAUUCGUACAUCGCAUUAUCCAAAUCAUCCAAAAUUUUAUGAAUUAGCUAACCGCAUAGGAUUUUGGGUUCUUGAUGAAGCCGAUUUAGAAUGCCAUGGAUUUUUUGAAGCAGUAAGAAAACCCGUUGGGGGCAAUGACGACGCUGAAUAUGAUGAAGAAAAAUUACGCUUAUUCAAAUUGGCAAAUAAGUUUACCUCCGACAAUAAAGACUGGGAAAAAGCCUAUGUUGAUAGAGCAUACCAGUUAGUAAAGAGGGAUUUCAAUCAGCCUUGUGUAUUUUUAUGGUCGCUUGGAAACGAAGCCUUCUAUGGCUGUAACCAUAAAUCAAUGGUUGCGAAAAUCAGGGAAUUAGACACUUCGCGCCCCAUUCAUUAUGAAGGAGAUCUUGAAGCAGAAUCUGCAGACUUAUAUAGCAGGAUGUACCCGCUGUUCCAGACCCUUGAUAAAUUUGUAAAUCAAUCUGAGAAACCAUUGAUUCUUUGUGAAUAUGGUCAUGCAAUGGGAAAUAGCCCUGGUCUUUUAAGGCAAUAUCAGGAUUAUUUUUACAAAUAUGAUCAGCUCCAGGGAGGAUUUAUUUGGGAGUGGGCAAAUCAUGGACUACUUGUAAACAAAAAUGGUUACGACGUUUAUUAUUAUGGUGGAGACUUCGGUGAAUAUCCUCAUGAUGGAGUUUUUAUUAUGGAUGGGCUUUUAGAUUCUCAACAUAACCCGACUCCUGGACUAAUUGAAUAUUCCAAAGUUAUCGAGCCUAUUAUUAUUAAAAUCGACAAACAUAAAAUAAGUAUCACUAACAAGUUUGAUUUUAUUGAUUUGGAUAAUUAUGCUGCUACAUAUGAAGUAGUUAAUUACUCAGAAUUAGAUAAAACAUUAAUCAAAUCCGGAGAGUUAAAUUUACCUAAGGUUAAUGCACAAGAAACGGUUGAAAUAUCAUUACCAGAAUAUCCACAAAAUAUUUCAAUUGGUAAAGACCUCUUAGAAGUUAAGUUUAAAACAAUAAAGCUGACAGAAGCAGUUGAAAGUGGACACGUUGUAUCAUGGGCACAGUAUGAAUUGGAAACCUUUCCAAAGAAAUCGGUUCGUCAAACUUACAAUAGGAAUUUGGUGGAGUUUCUUGAAGAUAAAUCCAAGUUUCAAAUUAAAAGUUCAAACAUAAAUUUUUCAUUUGACAAAAUUUCUGGGUCUAUUUCAAAUUGGAAAAAUGGUACAAAAAAUCUAAUUUCAGAGGGUAUUAAUGGAUUAAGUUUCUGGAGACCAAGUAUAAAUAAUGAUGCGCCCGUGGACGAGCCAUAUUGGCGUCAAUUUGGUCUUGAUCAUAUGCAAUGCAAUAUCAGAAAUAUUCACAUAGAUAGGUUUCCUGAUUCCGAACGGAUCGCUUUAAUUAAAGUGGAGUCCUUGAUUUCACCGCCAAUUUUAUCUUGGGGAUUUAAAACUAUUCAAGAAUAUUCAAUUUAUGCAAAUGAGAUAAAAAUUUAUACAAAUUUGACACCAGAAGGAUUUCAGGAUAUAUGUAUCCCUAAAACCAUUCCGAGAUUGGGAUAUGAAUUUGAAAUCAAUGAUGACUUAGGAAAACAUGUCAAAUGGUUUGGGAGAGGACCUGGUGAAAGUUAUAGCGACAAAAAAGAAUCGCAAAGGAUCGAUAUCCAUAGGUUACCAUUUGAAAAACUUGACUAUUCGUACGAAUAUCCACAGGAAAAUGGUAAUCAUGAAGAAACUGAAUGGUUACUAUUAGAAGAUGAGCAUGAAUCGGGACUUUAUGUUACAAUGGAAGGGAAAAAAUUCGGGUUUAAAGCAUCAGACGAGUAUAAUGUUCAAGAAGCCAAACAUCCUCACGAAAUAAAGCGUGGUUCGAGAUAUUUUAGGAUCGAUUACAAGCAACAUGGAGUUGGUACAGGAGCAUGUGGGCCAAGGGUUCUAGAUGAGUUUGAAUUCAAAAUUUCCAAAGAAGACCCAAUUAUUUUUUCAGUUAAUUUGAAAAGUUUGAAAUAA